AUGUCUCACAUAUUUCAAGCUGGCGCUGUUCGCGGGUUGACUACAGCUUUGACCGCUGGUACUUUCGUCUUAGAGCAAGCUGGAAUGAAAGACUUGCUCAAUAUAAAUUCCUCUGCUGCAACCACCGUUCCUCUCUCCCAGUAUCCAACUCCUUUUUUUGUUCGUCAGGAUAGGAAAGACAAGCAGAAGAAAGUGAAAGUUUUUGGAGCCAAUGGAGUUCAGGUCUACACCAUAGAAAGAUUAUCUCAGUUUCACCCAGUUUGGACCAUGCUUACUUUUCCAGAGAGAAGAGAAGUGGCUACUAUCAACGUUGGAUUUACCAGUAGGUCCGUUGACUUCCACAAUAAGCCCGGUAUGUCACAUCGUGAUAUCUCAGUUGACUUUGGAUGGGCCGGUAGAUUUAGAAGCUUUUAUACCACCGACGGCGCCAAGUACUCGUGGGUUAGAGGGACGAAAUUUUUAGAAAAGAUUUCCAAUCCAAAUGGAGGAAUAGAAGAGGUUAGACAGAGGGUUGCAAAAGUUAAGCUUAUGAGACAAUUCAAAUUUGAUUUUGAAGUUUUGGUCGAUGAAGCUCUUAUUGACAGAGAAGUUGCUUUAGCUACGGCUUUUGUGUCAAUGUUUACUCAAUGGGGUGUUGGUGAUGCAACCGACACCAUCGGUCCGACAUUCAUUGGUUCCAAACCAGAGCUUGAGGAGACUCAACUGAAACUGGAUAGAAAUGACAUUGUAGUAGUUAUUCAAGGUAAUGAAGAUGAUGAAAUUUCGGUGGAAACUAUUUAA